CAACAACCACAACAACAACAACAGAACUAUUUACCUCAAACAUCUUUGCUGAAAAUCGAACCAUUCGUUCCUAGUUUUAAUCAACGACUCCAACGUCGUCGUCCUAUUGGACGCUCCCACAGCACCCUCAGCCACAAUGUCAUGCCGAAGCGUGGAGCUGGAGCUGGAACUCCCGGAGCAUCUGCAGCACAGCCCGAGUUGCUGGUGGGUCAUGGACAGCUGAAGCGCAGCUAUGCAGCCGCCGCUCAGUUGCGCAAUCAGCAGCGAUUGCAACGCGGCGCCGUCACGCGACAACGCUCCAAGUCCACCUCCUCCUCGGCGGCCUCCAACAGCUGUCGUCCUGUCACAGCUGCAACAGCAGCAGCAGCAGCAGCUGGCGGCUGCGGUGGAGGAGUUGGUGCUGUAACUGUCGCUGCCACGCCUACUACUCUGGUGGGCAGCACUGGCGGCACUUUGGUGAGCGGUGCAAUUGUCACGCCGCAGCCAAAUGGCAUCUGUCGCAUUCAGCGGCUGCUCAAGGAACGCGAAGAGCUUCCGGAUCGCAUCAACUACGACCGCAGGGGAUUGACUGCGAUUCCCAUCUUUGAGCAGGAGCCGAAUCUUAGGCUGUUGUCGCUGCAACACAAUUUGAUCAAUACGUUUCACAUACCCAAGGAGCUGCCACCGCCGCCGCCACCGCCUCCGCCGCCAGCGCCACAAGCAACGCAACGAGAAAGUAACAGCCUCUUUUGUGGCCAUUAAGUGAGUUAUGACUAAACUAAUCAAUCUUUAAAUUCCCUUUUUGCAGAGACUACGCUGCGUGGCGCGCACUCGCGCCUCACACGCGCUCUGAGCAACGCAGGCAAUCCUCACCAGCAUCCCCAUUUGUCGCCCAACUCGGGCAGCCCAUGCUCCGGCAGUCCGUUGACCACACAGGCGCUGGCCAUUAAUGGUGGGAAUCGCUCCAAGCUGCAGGCACACAAGCGUGGCUUCAACUAUGCCCAGGCGCAGCUGACGCCGCCUCCGGCGUUGCGUUUGCGUUUCGGACUGGAGAAGUCGAAGAGCUUCGUGUCGAACAGUCUGCAGGCGAUGAAGCAUCAACAGCAGCUGCUGCAGCGUCGACAGCUGCUCAAGGCGGCGGCCCAAGGAGCUGCUCAACAGCUGCAAAGUUGCGACGAGAGCAGCGUGCUCCACAGCAGCAAUCUAUCGCUGGUGGCAGCUGGCGAGGAAGAGGAACCGAGUCUGAUGAGCAACGGGCAGCAGCUGGAGCAGCUGAGCAUUAAGAAUAAGCAACUCAGUUUAAGUGCUUGCUAUGGCAUCAUAUUUCAUCAGUUGGUCUUUCUCGAUCUCUACGACAAUCAGAUCGAACGCAUUGCCAAUCUGGAUGGACUCCCGGUGCUCUCGGUGCUGCUGCUGGGCAAGAAUCGCAUUCAGGACAUCGCUGGAUUGGCUUCGUUGAGCGGAACGCUGCGUGUGCUCGAUCUGCAUGGGAAUAAGCUGACGAGUCUGGGGAACCGCAUCAAUUGCCUGCAACAGCUGAAGUCGUUGAAUCUGGCGGGGAAUCAAAUACGUCAGAUUAAUCAACAGGAUUUUCACGGUUUGCGUUUGCUAAGGGAAUUGAAUUUAAAACGCAACAAGCUGCGUCGGAUCAACGGGUUUCAGCAUCUUGUGGCACUGGAACGUCUUUGGCUUUGCCACAACGAGUUGCACAAAGUGGACGACAUGGCGAGCAUUGCCAGAGCUGCUCGCUUACUCGAGGUGACCAUCGAAAAUAAUCCUGUUUCACUCGCCGGUGAUUGCGUUUCAUUCCUCGUAUCACAUUUGCCGCUGUUGCAGUCCCUGAGUCAAAUGCCCAUAACGGAGCAAGUGCGUCGUGCGGCUCUGGCUUGGCGGCAGCACAAGGAACAGGCGCUGGCCACACACGGCAGCUCGGAUGCCUAUCACAGCAGCCGGCGGGAGGAAGUCAUCUCCAAUGCGCGCACCAACUGGGAACUGCUGCGUUCACAGCAAACGCUGGGCAGACCAAAGGCCAAGCUAACCAGCGAGCUCGCCAAGAUUAAUGAAUCGAAUGAAGCAGCUUUACUGGAGGAGGAGGAAACUCCCAUCGUCGAGACACCCCUGGAGAAACCGCAGCCCAGAGACGAACUCGCCGAGCUCCAGGCGCUUUUCCGUUUACCUCCCAUAGUAAAAAAACCUGAAGGCGAGGACGAUGCCUCCUCGGAGGCUUCCAGCCUGGGUCCGAAUGUGGACUCCUGCUCCAGCUGCUACAGCAGUGACAACGAAAACGAGGAGCUAGGCAAGCGCAAGCUCGACGAGAAUUGCAACAAACUAUCAACGCCGCCAAUUGCGCCGCCGGUAACUCCUCAACCUCCGGAACCUCCCGCAGCUUCACCCUCGCCGCCAGCAUUGACUUUAACACCGCCAGCGCCAACCACGCCCACGCCACCGCCCAGUACCGUAACUCUCCCGCUGCCCACGCCGACCACGACGAACACACGUCCUGGCAGCAGCAGCAAGCAGAGACUGCGACAGACGCCCAUCACGCAGCUGGGAUUGCAGGUGAACCGCGGUGGAGGAGGAGGAACUAGCAGCAAGCGUUACAUGGCGGGGAGCUUGGUGCGUGCUCAGACCAUCAGCAGCAGCGGCACCAGCAACAGCAGCAGCUCUAACAGCGCAGGACGCGGACGCAGCAGCAACAACAACAACAACAAUGGCAACUCGAAUCAAUCCUCGGCCAAUGUGGUGUCGCUGGUGGCGCCGCAGAGCAAGUGCAGCAACGUUCAGCAGCCACAGCAAUCCACGCAAGCAGCCACACCGCCAACGGCAGCGAUUACGGUGAGCAAACCCAGCGCAGCGGAACGAGAAAGGGAACAAGGAGGCGACUAUUUGAUCGAGAUUUGCGGACGCUAUCUCAACAUUUACGGUCAGGGAGCGUUGCGUUUCAUUGACAAGCAGUGGAAUCCGGCGAAAGCGAACGAUGUGCAUACGCUCAACUUUAGCUACAUCAAUUUCAACAGCAUUGUGUGCAUGCUGGGCAGGAUUAAGGUGCGUUUCCCGCACGCCGAGCAUUUUGUGUUCCGCGAGACAAACAUCAGCACGCUGGGACAGCUGAAUGCUUUGGCGGAGCUGCAGGGAUUGAGUUCGUUGUUGAUUGAUGCGGAGGGGAAUGCCAUCACUGGGAAGCCAGCUUGGCGUGCUUAUGCCAUCUAUCGGUUGUCCCACUGGGGACUGAAGCAGCUCAAUGGCCAGGAGAUUAGCGAGGCCGAAGUGGAGGCAGCGAAUUCAACUUAUGCUGGCCUCUCGAAUCUCGUGUUGUGGUCAAUGCCCGAUGGCAUGUUGCAGCCGCUGUUGGCUCGACUCCGACUCGAUGAGACGUGCACCGCGAGCAAAUUGUCGCCCAAGGAUUGGUUGUUGCGUGCGGAGAACAAAUCGUUGCGUCUGGUCGUCGGUAAAGAGGCGCUGCAAUGGAAGAAGGCGCAGAGCAACACGGUGGCCAUGGUGGAGAGCAAUGCGGGAGGCGUCACCGCAAUGGCUCCGAGUGCGAGGGAUCGUGGCAGACAGCAUUUUGCUUUGUUGCUGGAGAACACAUGCAAUGCCGUGGAGAAGCUGCACAAAUUGGAGACGUUGUGGCCGAGCAUGUUGUUGGAUAUUGUGAGGAAUACGUUGCUCGAUUAUGCUCAGCUGGAUGUGUAUUUGCGCAAUCUAAUGGCGGAGCUGAUGAAGUGAUGAAGAUGACGAAGAGUGUUUCUUAGACUUAAGCUCGCUUUUAGUGAAGAGAAUUUUCGCCUGCCUGCACUCACUUAUGAUGAUCCUUAGGCAUUUAACCGCGAG